AUGGCUUCCCUGAGUGGAGACUCUGCGGUGGAGGAAGAAUUGAAAAGUGCUUGUUCCCUAUUGCAGAUCCCUAUCCUUGGUCGGUCAGUUAGUCCUGUGGAAGCAUCAGAGCGCUGCCUCAAAGAGGUGAUCGCUCGUGGCAUGGAAAUGGGGCUUCAUCUUCGGCGGUCAACGGCAACUCGGAAGCUCAGUCUGAGGUGUUUUGACGCAGCUCAGCUGAACAUUGUGUGCCAACGAAGGUCCACAACUGGCAAGAUUGAUUGGCUGACAGUCGUGGGUAUCUAUGAACGUGCCAUGAAGCUGUGGUUGUUCAGUGAGUUAUCAAUCACUCCGAGCGAAUACACGCAGCUGCGUCGCAACAUCUGGCACACCCUAGAUUUGCCUGGCGCAAAAUCUCGAAUGGGCCCGCGUCACGAAUGGUGGGGUGUUUUUUGGGAUGUUACACAGCAAUAUCUGAGCGAUGUCCAGAAGAUUCCGCACACAGGCAAUGCGGAUCCAAGCAAUGAUUCGUCCGUGCCUCCUGGGCGUCGUGAAAUUUGGGGCCGGUAUAGUCAACUCCUUCGUACAAUGAAGAUGGAGCGUGAGACCGUCUUGCAAGCUGAGUCUCGUGGAAAAGAGCAGGCUGUCUUGCGUCAAGCAGUGCUCGAGGAGGCCGGACAGGCCACUUUGCAUCGAGGGAUGAGACCAGGCUGGUUUGAAGGAGCCAUCGGCGAGGCCCUUGUAACCUUGCGCCAGCCUGCCCUAUCGCAACAGCAGCAACUUGUUGAUGCUCUGAGGAGUGAGAUGAAGGCAGACAUGUCUGUCAUGAACGAAAAGGUGACAGGCAUUCAGCAGUCUAUUGAAGAGCUCAAGUCGAUUUUACUUGGUAGUGGACGGCAGGACACUUUGCCGACAACCGUAGAUACCGGCAAGCGAACGAUGCAGGAGACGCAAGCCCCGGAACAAACACAGCGCCGGUCUACGCGCGCCCGGUCAUCGCAAAAGGAGUGA